CGCUGAACCUCAACGCAGCGCUUCUUUCAACGCGAUGUCAGACGCGUCGGUUAUUUGACGCUUUCUUCUCCCAAUCCACAAGUGCCAGUCCACGAAACUGCCAUCACCGAGAACUCAGCUCAACUCGGCUAAACUAUUUUCUUGCUAAUUGCACAGUGUAACUCUUUCUUGGCUUUCGAUUGCUGUAUACGGAUACUGUGUGACGCGCUUCAACCGCACUCUCUGCAACCCAAACCCAAACUCUGCUUCCGUAGAUCGCGCAAUUCGUCCCGGUCUAAUUACUAUUCAGCCUACCCUAGCUUUAUCCUGCUCUUUGUCUGCUCCCAGAGGCCUAAUAUGCCCCGGAGCCACCUUCCCUACACGUUGAUAUGCAACACCAACCCUCUUCCCAUCAUCUUCAUGGCCGUCUUGAUCAUCUCUCCCCUCCUCAGCCUGGCGACCCUGGUCUUGACGCCGACUCUACCGCCUCUUCUGCUUUUCAUUAUGUCAGUGGUCGUCAUGAGUCCUACUCUGACCAAGACAUUGAGCUUGUUCACGAGAUCGUCACCCUCGGUGAAUCCCUAUAUCCAGCCCUCCCGGAGCGCGAGCGUCUUCCGACGAAUGCGCUGUUCCUCGCCGCCGAGGAAGUCCUUCCCCGAUAUGGUUACGACCCCGAAGACACUCCAUCCCACAUCGCCCGGCUCAUCUUUAAGAUUGGAGGGCGGCGAUCCGGGGACAGGCUCAGCGACAAGUUCAAGGCCGUCCUAGGAGGACUCGGCAUUCAACUUGAAUUCGUCCCAAGCAGUAGACCCGAAUCCCGCGCCUCACUUGCCCUUAGCUCGACCCACACUAGCGAUUACUCCUUCGCCCAACCACCACUAUGCCCUCGACGCGAACGCAGUCGCGAAGAAGAAAAAGCCGUUGCGGUUAGAAACCGAGCAUAUUCCAAGGCCAACCCCCCCCCGCGUUCUCCAUCCAGUCCUCGAUUGCCGCCUCUCCCGGCAUCCCAGCAGCCCGAUGCCGCGGCCCCUGUUCUGGUGGAAGUUGACAUUGAAGGACUGGAAGUAAAGCUUCAGCAUGUGAGGAUGCAGGAAGACCGGGAACUUGUUAAAGAGGUUUUCAGCGUCUGGCGUGCAAUCGCCUGCCAGACAAAGCGGGCGAACGACGAGCUGAGAUCCGUUGCCGUGGAGUAUGAUAACAACGAUCUUCUCGGCGAGGUGCUGGAUAUGUGGAACGAGGCAGCUGCCGCUGUGGAACGUCUGAGGCGCCAGGCCGAGGAGGCUGCCAGGCACGAGGCCUACGUUGCAAAGAUGGAAAGGCGUGCCACCAGGGUCUACGAGAUCUUCACCAUUCGCACCGUGUUGGCGGAGUGGCAAGAGCAAGCUCGGGAGGAAAUCGACCGAACAGCCGUGGCGCGCCGGCAUCUUGUACGCAAGCGAGCAUUCGAGGGCUGGCACGCGCAGCACGUCGAAGACGAGGCCAAUGUCAGGAACUUCAUCCUGCGAAACGCCUUCCAACUAUGGAGCCAGGUUGCUCUCCAUCACGAAGUCCGCCAUGGAGUCGCUGCGCAAUGGCAUCAGCAGCAGCUUUGCAAAGAUGCCCUGCACACGAUGUGGCAUGAAACCAGAGAACGUCUUGCCGACGAGUUUUAUGCCGUUGGUCUCGCUGGACAAUGUCUGGAUACCUGGGUCGACAAAGCACGCGAAACCCAGGAGGAGUACCAGGUGGCUAUUGCGCUGGACGAGAGACUUGUGCUUGACGAGGCCGUUAAUAUCUGGCUCGAAGAGGUCGAUGCACAGCAUUAUCAUGCGUACGAUUGCACGCGACAGUGGUUGAUCCAGGGCUGCCGCAGAGACCUGGACUACUGGCAGGAGCAAGCCAGGCUCUCAGCACUGCUGAAGCAGCACAACGCCAAGCAGGAACAGGAGACCAAACGUCAGGCCCUGGCAACCUGGCAUAACGUCUAUAAAGAUGUGAAACACCGCACUGCUGCCGCCGACGGCUUUCUGCUGAAGGAGCCCGUCGACCAUUGGGAGCGCGAGAUGAAGCUCAAACUGUUCAUUGAACGCGAUGAGUACGAGACCAAAGCCGCCGUCCUCGAGCACUGGGCGCUCGAGGAGAAACUUGCUUGGUACAAAGUGCAUUUGGAAACGAGGACUAAACGACAGGCACUCAACGCCCUUUUGGCUGCUGCCCGGCGAGUCCGUGGCGAGCGAGAAAGACACGAACAGGAGGCGGAUUACGCCCACUCAUAUUACACCCAAACCGGGGUCGUCGAUACCUGGCUCGCGGAAACCGAUCAGAUGUGGAAGCACUGGGUGAACGCUAACAUUGUGAAUCUCUACCGCACGACCCGGCCGUGCAUCGACCAUUGGCGAGAGCAGUGUCACCGAAACCGGGCUCGCGACGGCUAUUACCGAAGAAAGGCGGACAGGCAAAGGGCGAUGUCACUUGUGGGUGGCGUGCUCGACAAAUGGCCGGCCGUCGCCGAGACAGCUCGGAGAGAGCGGAUGUUGACCUCGUUGCGGCAGUUCCGACGUCAAUACAAAGUCGAGUUGGCACGGGAGUGUCUAGGUAAAUGGUUGGAUGCCACUGUUGAUGCCUUCGAUGCGCACGACGACGCUCGCCAGACAAACUUGCACUACAAGCGGGAGGACCUGAACGACUGCCUCGACCUGUGGAGCCGUGCGGCGAGGAGAUCCCAGAACAUCCAGCAGAUCGCCGCAGCCGCCGAACUGGAAGUCUACUGCGGCAAAUGGCUGGCGCAACUCCAGGACACAAAGGAGAACAUGCAAGACGCCGUCGAAUACGACGCGGAACAGACCCGCAAGCGCUGCUGGGACAUGUGGGAGUACCAGAUGCUGCAGAACGAGGGAAAGCGCCACCUCGCCUCGACGCUACAGGAGAAGAACGAACGACGCGUGUGUCGCCGCGUCCUCACCGAGUGGCACCAGAAGGCCGUCCCGGAAGCGGAGGCACGGUACAGUUUCAACCCGCGAAUGAGCAGCAGCCUUGCGGCACGCCGCAGCGUCCGCCAGCAACUUGCGCGGACGACGACGAUGACAGCGGGGGCUUCCACAACAGGAGGAAGCUUCUACACGGCAAGCCAGCUGGCUGUUCUCCACCGCCCACGGAAUGAGACUACUCCGUCCCGCUUCUCAUCAUCCGAGCAGCAGGUCGGGCUUGGGCCCAUGCCCGAGUUUGAUGAGGAACCAUUGGUCCCAGACCCGGAUGACCCGGGGUUUAUGAGCACGCCGACCAAGUGGACGGGCAGCACUAGAAUGCUGGGAGUAUUUGGUGGGAGAGGCACGGCGACGACGUCGACGCCGAGUGCGAUCUUGCCGAGCCCGUAUGAACGCGAAUUGAGAAGGCAGUAUGGCGGGCCGAAUCGGGUUGUUGGGUUUGCGGAUAUCUAUGAGGAGUCGGCGGAGGAGCUGUAUCAAUGAUGUUUUGCCUUAACCUCGGGUGCUUUGGUCCGGGUUUAUUACAGCACGGGGAAACGGGGUUGUUUGUGCGCAUGGCUGUCGGCGUUUUCUAUGGGCGUUGUAAAAGGGGCUGGUUGAAUGGGUUUGUGUUGGGGUCAUUGGCGGUUGGAUAUACCCAAGACUUGCAUAACGUUUUUUAGGCGUUUUGAAUUGGUUGAGGAGGGUGUUUACUCGGACUCGAUAGACAUGGCUCAAUGGCAUAUGAU